AGCGCACCCCCAGGGCCCCGGCAGUCCGAUCGCUCAAGCACCUCACGAGUGGACGGGCAUUGCUUCUUGCGUUCGUUUCCUCUUGCAACAUCUUCUCUACCUCAGUCGCUCCUAGCAACACAGAGAGAGUCAGAGACUGCUGAAAGCAAAGCAAGAGAGACAUUACAUCUCGCACAGAAGAAUGAUCCCAAGAGCGCCGAGUCUCUUCCACCUCGAGGAGGGAGUGGGUGUGAGUGCCUCGACGACCUCGACGCCAGCAGCAAUGGUGGCCUCCGGCGGCGGCGGCGAGCUGCUCGUCGGGCUCCGGCUCAUCAUCCAGCCGUCGCCGAGGAAGCAGCUGCGGCCCACGGUGCUGAGAAAGUCCGCCGUGAGGAUUAUUCCGGCGACGGCGGCGACGGCGACGACGACGACGUGCGCAGCCAACAACAACGCCCGGGUGUUUGUGGGGCGCCUCGAGUUCUUGAAGCGCUGCUCCUGCUGCCACAAGGACCUGGACGCCACCAUGGACGUCUUCGUGUACAAAGGAGAGCAAGGCUUUUGCAGCGCCGAAUGCCGGUGCCGCCACAUCGCCAAAGAGGAGCGGCGGGAGAUGGAGAUGCUAGUCAGGAAGCGCCGCGACGCGUUCCACAGACGCCACGCAGCGGCGCCCAAGAUGCAGGGAUCAAAUCGGCACAUCACACUGCUGCAAACCGCUGCACGAUAAUAGUGCGGUGCAAAUUUUGUUUUGCUUCUUCCGUUAUACAAGUACUACGUAUUAGGAGGGGAUCUCGAUCUGUAUGAACUGAAGAAGACUAGCCUGUCACUGUGUGCAACGGGGUAGCUCAUGGAUAUUUCUAGUAGUACGUGCAUGGACAAUCAAGUGAUGCAAUCAGCCAUGAGAGCAAUAUUAUCAGCGACGAACAGAAUUUGAAUUCACAA